AUGGCUAUUGACCCCGGUGACUCUCGGCUACCACUGUAUCGUAAUGGAACUGUUAAACCUGUGUGGCGGAAGCUAUCCCCUUGUAAGAGUGUGGGCCUUUAUCUCCUUCACAGGGACUACUGGUCAAUGUUCCAGCUCCAGUACAAGAGUCAACACUCGGAAAAGUUACUAGAACCUUCUGAGUGCAGCAAUGAGGCUGGACCCGCCUGGGAAGCAGGAUUUUGUCCGGAGCACAACGGGAUUGUUGAAGGUAUCGCUCAUGUGAAUCCUUGGGUACUCAAAUACCAAGCUAAAGUCUAUGCCGAGAUCGAAGCGCGGUAUUGUAUACAUCAAACUGAGUUGGAUGCAUUUGACAUUGAAAAUGAGAAUGUCAUCUUCUCCACAAGGGUGGUUGUGAAUCCCCCACCCUGUGACAAUGAUUCAUUAAAUUGUUUCGCAACUCCACCAAAAGAUCUGCAUCGAUACAGUGCAGAACUUCGUCAGCUGUAUGAAAAAUUAGGCGGUCCAUGUGCCUCGAAGCCUCUAAAACACGAAAAUCUCACAUCUUCAGGUGUUCUACCCGGAAAGGCAUUUAAUAACCGUAUGGAACACACUUUUGUCCCGCCUACAGAAGCUACUAAGUGUACGGAUCACCCAGACCUGCCUUAUGUAACCUAUAACUUUCCUUUCCGUUUCAAUAUCAACAGUGGUCCCGAUUCGAUCAUGUUUAAGUCUAAUAAACCAUCUAAUAGCAAACAUUCUGUACCAAAAAACAGAAGGGAACUCUAUCUUGAUGCAAUUUAUGGGUUCCAUGAAGAAAACGAUGACAGCGAUCUGGAAGAACUCAGCUGUAAAUGUGAUGUCGUUCUUCCACGGAUUAGGCACCCACGCCAACCAAUUGAAACUUCUCGAAAAAUCAAGAAGAUUGACUUAAAGAUACAGUCCCUCAAAGAUUGCUUUCACGCCGAUUCUUACCCCUGGCGUCAACGGUGUAAAAGACGUGUAAAGGAUGGAAUUUAUUGGUUGGUUCGAGUGUAUGCGGUGAGUCCGAACGCGUUUUGUCCAGAGGCAAAAGAUGUAGCUGAACUAAGAAUUCGAAAGUUGACCUUCUUUCCAAUGAACAGUAGCCUGCAUUACCGUCCACCACCACAGGUCGUGAACCACUACCGUCUAGCCGUGAUAGGAGAGGAAGAUUCCGACAUUGGAGUGAUUACACUAGCUGCCAAGUUAGACAAGAUUUUCUACGUCCCAGGUGACCCAAUCCAUGUAAAUAUGAAGAUAGACAACUGUUCUAGCAGGGUCGUACAGCAGAUAACGGUGGAGGUUAUCCAAUACAUCAAGAUAGCAACAAUUGCUAACAAAGUUUGGAAGAGUUCGAUUUGUAAACGGGAGAUAACCGCGGAGAAUAAGGAAGCGGGGAUGCCCAUUCUGCCAUGGACGGAAAAUCUGCUAAUACGCUGUCGGCUUAAUCCCUGGCCAGUUGAAGCGCAAUACGCCCAUCUCUUUUGCGAUAAAUUUCACAGAAUUCAUCCACGUGUCCCAAUCGAAGCCGAAGCAUUCACCCUUAAAAUGCCGACUGAGUCCAAUUUAUUUUACGGUGCUCAACAACCAGCGCGGUAUGAGAAAAUUCUUCAAUACUUUGUUGGCAGAAGUAGACCGGCAUUUUCAACACUGCAAGGGCUUGUGGAAAAUAUAUUAACAAGCUCUUCGCCCAUCUCGAUUAGAACCCCUCAGUCACCUGUAGACGAGAGGUCCUUCGAAGAAGACCCCUACGACCAUCAUAGCUGCGUUAGGCACAAAUUAAGGAAUGUGACAGGCCGUUGUUCGCGAAUGCCAGUGGAUGAGUACCAUCAAUAUCCUAUCUUCCACGAUUACGUACUUCAUGGAGAGGGGCUAGACUACCAGACUGCUAUACAGAAGAUGCCAGCACCACCAUGCACUCAGUGUGAUAAGACCUGUGUGCUGAGCCAUCAGCCGGUGUAUAUACACUAUGAGGUAGUUGUAAGUGCUAUUUUGCGUCCACAGAAUCUACCUGAUCCUCUGGCCCAGGAUGCGAUUCUCAAUGAAUGCCAUUUAGGUAGUGGGCUACUAAAUCCUCCUAAAGGGGAGAUUAUUGGAGCAAGAGGACCCAGAGUUGCCCUGCCUGCUAUAUUUUCGGUAACGGCGCCCCAACCAGAGAUGCCAAUCCCCACUGCUAAUUAUGAUGUGGAUUUCAAACAGGAUACAUUGCCGCAGACCCACUCAAGAGCACAACCUUGGGAACCGAGCGAUGGGAGAGGAUUCUUUCUGGUGAGAGAGCAACGCAAAGUGGCUCCAUGUACCACAUCUGACCAAAAAACAUUCCCUUGA